CUUCUCUUCUCCACCUGCCCUUUUCCUCUUUCUCUCUCUCUCUAACAUAACCCCUUCAUUCAGCUUGAAUUGAAGAAAUCCGUGAUCGGAAUUGAAACAAUCAGAUUCGGUGAUGGUGUGAUCUUAUCGUUUUUUUGGUUUUUAAAAUAUUACAAAACUAAAGAGGAAGAAAAUUAGGUGAUCUGAACAAUAUUCAAUAGAUUGAAGCGAAAAAAAUAAAGUUGAGCAAAUUGGAAGAGGGUUUGGUUACAUGGGUUAUCUGAACUCAAUUUUGUCGCAAUCGACAAGUCAAGCCCGAGUCGACGACGCUCCGGUCAGCGGCGGUGGACUUAGUCAGGACGGAAAAUUCAGCUAUGGAUAUGCAAGUUCUCCAGGUAAAAGAUCUUCGAUGGAGGAUUUCUAUGAGACAAGGAUUGAUAGGGUUGAUGGAGAGGUGAUCGGUCUCUUUGGAGUCUUUGAUGGUCACGGGGGAGCUCGAGCUGCAGAAUAUGUCAAAAAGAAUCUUUUCAGUAAUCUGAUACGGCACCCGAAGUUUAUUUCCGAUACCAGAUCAGCUAUAGGUAUAUCCUUGUGGUGCUACUGCCUUCACAGUAUACAAAAUUGUUGCUCUUUUGACUUCUUUUUUUUAAAAACUGUUUUUGGUCUCAUUUCAGCCGAUGCCUACAGUCAUACAGAUUCAGAAUUCUUGAAAUCGGAAAACAAUCAGAACAGGGAUGCUGGGUCCACUGCUUCAACUGCUAUCCUCGUUGGCAACCGCUUAUUGGUGGCAAAUGUUGGCGAUUCAAGAGCCGUUAUUUCCAGGGCUGGAAAUGCUAUUGCUGUCUCUAGAGACCACAAACCAGACCAAACUGAUGAGAGACAAAGAAUUGAAGAUGCUGGAGGUUUCGUGAUGUGGGCAGGAACUUGGAGAGUUGGAGGAGUGCUAGCUGUGUCUCGUGCAUUUGGUGAUAGAUUGCUGAAGCAAUAUGUGGUUGCUGAUCCUGAAAUUCAGGAGGAGAAAGUCGAUGACACGCUCGAGUUUCUCAUCCUUGCCAGCGACGGUCUUUGGGAUGUAGUGACAAACGAUGAAGCUGUCUCUAUGAGUAAACCACUCCAUGAUCCGGAAGAAGCAGCUAAAAGGCUAAUGCAGGAAGCUUAUCAGAGAGGCAGUGGUGAUAACAUCACAAUCGUUGUUGUUCGGUUUCUGGCCAAUCGAGUCGAAUCUUCGUCUCGUACCUCCUCUGCUUAACCAUGGUUUAUAAAUUAUGCAACACUAAACUGUAGAAACAUAGAUAACGCUAUUUCCAAAAAUGUUUAUUUUUCUCUUCUUUUUUUUUUUCGAGUUCUUAUCAGACUAUACACUUAUGUAAUGUAACUUUAGUUCAUCAGCUUAACGAAUAUUUAUUUCUGAAACGUGCUGUUAUUUUUAUUU